AUUCUUACAAAUAUCUAACAUCGAAUCUUGAACAUUUAAUUUUAAUAUUUUAAGUGUUAUAACUAAACGAGUGUUACUGGCAGAAAAUUCUAAAGCAACAUGCAGAAAUUUAGACGAGCUCAAGUACAAAAUAAAAUAGCUAUUAAGAAACAUUUGGAAGCUAAUGUUUAUUUAGAAUCAUCAAGCGAGGAUGAAAACGACACAAACGAAGAGAAUAUAGAAGAUGUAAUUGGCAAAGUGUUAUCUGCCUACCAAGGAAGAGGAGAGGAUGCAGAAAAGAUUUUAUCAUAUUUAAUAAAUAUUUUUCAAUCUGGUAGUGCUGUUUGCUUAAUAUGUAUUUCGACUGUAAAGAGAGCAGACGCGAUCUGGAAUUGCAACAAGUGUUUUGCUUUUUUACAUUUAUCUUGCAUUCUACAUUGGAUACAAGAUAGUUUGAGCGUUAAACGUAAAAAAGGUAUUACACCAGUCUGGGCAUGCCCAAAAUGUCGCAUGGAAUACGAGCAUGAUGAAAUUCCUCGUGCCUACAAAUGUUUCUGUAAAAAGGUCAUAGACCCUGCAUUUCAACCAUGGAAUAUUCCACAUUCUUGCGGAGAUAUCUGUGGCAAGCCCUUGAAACCAGAAUGUGGUCACAAAUGUGUUUUGCUUUGCCAUCCUGGCCCGUGUCCACCGUGCGCGAAAACGGUGUCGUUUAAAUGUUUUUGUGGCAAACAAUCGCCUCAGCUGCGACGAUGUAACGCCAAGGAAUGGAGUUGUAACACCUUGUGCAAUAAAAAAUAUGAGUCUUGUUCGCAUAAUUGCAAGGAAGUGUGUCAUGCAGGGAAGUGUCCCCCUUGUCCGGAAACAUUAUUGCUCGAGUGUCAUUGUAAGAGCAACACGGAUAUAAGACAAUGUUCCGAGGGUGCGUGGAUUUGCGAGAAACCAUGUCGCAGACCUUUAUCUUGCAACGUUCACGUUUGCCAGAGCACAUGUCAUUUACCCGGUGACUGCGAGGCUUGUCCUUUGGAAAAGAACAGAACGUGUCCUUGCGGGAAAAAGCGUUACGUUGUUUCCUGCAGACAGGAAAAGUUACCCACGUGCGGGGACACGUGUGGUAAAUUGUUGGAUUGCAGUUCGCACUUUUGUAACAUGAGGUGUCACACAGAUCGGUGUGGACAAUGCUUGGAGGUGGUCACAAAAUCGUGUCGAUGUGGCAGUUAUCAAAAGGAGAUUGCUUGCGGUAAAGAAUUUCAUUGCAAUAAGAAAUGUACCCAAGUACGUCUCUGUGGGAGACACUUGUGCAACAGAAAAUGUUGCGACUGUUUGGCCAAAAACACGUCCAACGUAUGUGAAAAGGUAUGCGAGAACACUUUAAAUUGUCGUAAACAUAAAUGUUCUGCUCCCUGCCACAGUGGUCCAUGUUAUCCGUGCGAACGUACCGACGUUAUUCAGUGCAAAUGCGGAUACAACAAAAUUACGGUACCGUGUGGCGUUACGAAAAAAAUAAAACCCCCACCGUGCAAUAAGCCGUGUAAAAUACCGCCGAUUUGUCAUCAUCUGAAAAGAGAAACGCAUAAGUGUCAUCAAGGUCCGUGUCCACCUUGUAAAAAGGUUUGCGAUUUGGUGUACAAACGGUGCGGCCAUUCUUGCGUUGCUGUUUGUCAUACGAAAGUGUGGGUACAGGUGAACAAGAACGACAUGAAAGCUCGACCCACGGGACCAUGGGAUAUACAGAAAGAGAUCAUGCAGCUGAAGACACUGCCUUGUCCACCAUGCGAAGUAUCAGUACCGGUUACAUGUUUGGGAGGCCAUGAGACGCGCCCGUGGCCUUGUCACAUGGCCAAACCCACCUCUUGUGGAAGACUCUGCGGAAGAACGUUACCUUGUUCAAAUCAUACUUGUGAAUUAAUUUGCCACAAAGUACCGUCCGCCAUGGAUGAUAAGGAUAAUACUGCGUGCAUGGAAUGCGAACAGCCAUGUGUAUUUUCUCGGCCGCAAGGCUGUACACAUUUGUGUCCAAAACCAUGUCAUCCCGCGCCAUGUAAUCCUUGCAAACAAUUAGUUAAAAUUUUAUGUCAUUGUGGCAUAAGCACGCUGUAUCGAAGAUGCGUCCAACUAACAUCGGCAACGAUAGAGCAACGUGACGAAUUGCUCAAAUGUGGAAAUCAGUGCCCUAAAAAUUACCCUUGUGGACAUCGAUGCAUCGCCGACUGUCACCCUGGUCCGUGCAAGAACGGAAACGAGUGCAACAAGAAAGUGAAAUUAUUCUGUUCGUGCAAACGUAUAAAGAGAGACAUAAUCUGCUCGACGGUACAGAAGCAGCAAAUUCAUAUACAAUGCGACGACAUUUGUAAAAAGUUAAAGAACGAGAGAAGCCAAGCAGAGGCUGUUUUACUGGAGCAAAAACGUCAGGCCGAAGAAAUACGCAAUCAGGAGGAAAUCGAAAAGUUCGAACGGAAAUUCAAACCACGUCGCAAGGGAAAGGACAAGUUCGAUAAGAAACAGUUACAGAGAGAAACAAGUAACAACUAUUGGAAAUAUUGGAUUUUAACAAUUUUAAUCUGUAUAAUAGCUAUAGGAAUAUUUUAUGCGUGUGUACAAGAGUCGUGAACAAUUUUUCGAAAUCGCUUACAUAGGCUAAUAAGCAUAACGUUGUUACAAAACUUUUUUCACAAUCCGACUUGACAAAUUCAUUUCUACGUUUUGUUUAUUCCGUUUUAAUUUAAUCCGUUCAGUAUAGAGAAGUACUAAACGUAUUUUAAUAUAUUUUUGUAAUCUUCGCAAGAAAUUUUAUGAAAAUGUAUCAUUAUUAUUUUAUGCAAUUUGUGCCAUAGAAUU